UUUUAAUAUCUCCCAUUAUACAAAAUAAGAAUUCAGGCUGUUACAUGGCCUAAUUAUUUAGUAACAAUAUUCGUAUUAGGUACUAGUUACAUACGGCGUCAAAGUUUAAGCUUUAGCAACUUAAAUUUAUUUCACAUAUAUUAUGUAUUAUAUACGUUAUAACUGUAAAUCCGGUUUCUACUUUCUAGUUAGAAGACACACCACAAACGUAGUCACAACAAACGUCUCAGUUCUCACAGUCUUAUUUGGUCCUUUGAAAUUGCAGUACAUAAUACAUAUUUUUAAUAUCCGUUAAUACUUAUUACUAAAAGUGAACUGCCGUCUUAGUCUUGGUAGCGAAAUAAACAUGGUGCUAAAACUUUAUCACUAUCCAUUGAGUUCUCCGUCAAGAGGCGCUUUUAUGUCUAUUAAAGCUAUAGAUGUACCGGUAGAAAUUAUUCAUAUCGAUUUAUUGAAAAAGGAGCAACUCAGUGAAAGUUUUACAAAAAUUAACCCUCAGCACUGCAUACCUACUAUUGACGACGACGGCUUCGUGUUAUGGGAAAGUAAAGCAAUUGCCUGUUAUUUGGCAGAAAAACAUGAAAGACAGGAUCUAUAUCCAAUGAAUCUGAAGCAACGUGCUCUUGUAAAUCAGAGAAUGUAUUAUGAUAGCUCCAUGUUGUACCCCCGUAUAAGGGCCAUAAAUUAUCCCAUUCUAUUUCAAGGUGUUAAAGAAAUAAAGAAGCCGUUAAAAGAUGAUCUAAAUAACCAACUAAGUUUUUUAAACCAAUACCUGAAUGAAAGUAAAUGGGUUGCAGGAGACCAAAUGACACUUGCUGAUAUAGCAAUUGCUGCAUCAAUAUCAACUCUUGCAGCUAUUGAUUGGGAUUUUACCGAAUUUCCCAACAUUAAUAGAUGGUUCAAAAAUUGUGAAUCAAUUCCUGGCUUUGCAGAGAACAAGGAAGGUGCUAGUGUAUUUGGGAAGGCUGUGAAAAAGUAUUUGGAGCAAUAGUGCAUUUAUUUAAUAUAAACAUUCUAAUAUAUUUUUAUACAUUGGUACAUUAAGAUACUUUGUAUUUUUUAAUAAAUAUAAA